UGUCGGAAUACGGGUAGGAAUUAAAGUUGCUGAAGUAAGAAGUAACCGGCUCUGAUAUUUAUACAUCUUUGGGGAUUUGUUUUAAAUAAAUAAAUAAAUUGCAAUGUCUCGGGGUUCGAGUGCGGGAUUUGAUCGCCACAUCACCAUCUUUUCUCCGGAGGGUAGACUUUAUCAAGUCGAAUAUGCAUUCAAGGCCAUUAAUCAGGGAGGACUGACCUCAGUGGCGGUGCGGGGGAAAGACUGCGCCGUCGUCGUCACUCAGAAAAAAGUUCCUGAUAAACUCCUAGACGCCUCCACCGUUACCCACUUAUUCAGAAUAACGGAGAACAUCGGCUGUGUGAUGACCGGCAUGACAGCUGACAGCAGGUCGCAGGUACAAAGGGCUCGCUAUGAAGCUGCUAACUGGAUGUAUAAGUACGGAUACGAGAUCCCAGUGGACAUGCUGUGUAAGAGGAUCGCGGAUAUCUCUCAGGUGUACACACAGAACGCAGAGAUGAGACCGCUCGGCUGCUGUAUGAUCGUGGUCGGGGUGGAUGAGGAAUGCGGGCCGCAAGUCUAUAAGUGCGACCCCGCUGGGUAUUACUGUGGCUUUAAAGCCACGGCCGCUGGCGUCAAACAGACCGAGGCGACCAGCUUCCUGGAGAAAAAGGUCAAGAAGAAAUUAGACUGGACCUUCGAGCAGACCAUCGAGACUGCCGUCAGCUGCCUGUCCACAGUUCUGUCAAUUGACUUUAAGCCUUCAGAGUUGGAAGUGGGCGUGGUCACCACAGACGAACCCAGGUUCAGGAUUCUGUCUCAGUCUGAGAUCGACGCCCAUCUCGUGGCCCUGUCUGAGCGUGAAUGAGAUUUGAAGACAGUAAAUUUGUAAGAAUAUCACUACGUCAUAUCCUCAGUAUUCAGGUCACCCUCUGCCCUGCUCUCUGCUGUUUAUUUCGCUUUCUCCUGCACCACCUCAAUAAAACACAACUGUUUUUGACAA